GCAAAUAAAACCUUUAAUCUGUAUUGGAAAUUAGUUAGAGAAGCAAAUAGAGUAUACUUUCAUUGGGUAGAAAUGGAGAUGGAUAAAAUUAUGAUUUUCAUGGUUGUUUUGGGCAGUGUGAUACAAUACGGCGGAGCUCAAAAGGUUCAUGUGGUCGGAGACAAUAUCUGUUGGUCGAUACCUCCCUCCAACGAUGCAUAUUCAAACUGGGCUUCCUUGAACAUCUUUAAAGUUGGUGACAUCUUAGAGUUCGACUUCAAGAGUGGAGAACAUAACGUGGUAGAAGUGUCAAGAGACUCAUUUGAGACGUGCACCACCAACAUUGCCAUCAACACACCCAUCACCAACGGACCGGCCCGCCUCACCCUCAACUCCACCGGCGAUCACUUCUACAUCUGCUCCUUCGAAACCCAUUGCAAGCUCGGACAGAAGCUGGCCAUAAUUGUCGUUUCUGAUGCCACACCACCGUCGGGACCUAAUAAUAGUUGUACUCCUCCGUCUCCGCCUGCUUCCCGUGCCUCCCCAACACCAUCACCAUCUGUUCCUUCCCCUUCAAACUCGACUACUGGACCGUCCGGUUCGACCGCUCCGUCGGAUGGGGCUACAGAUCCUCCCAAAUCUGAUCAUCGUUCUUCUUCAUCAGCUAUGCUGCAUGCUGG